AUGGAUGCUAUCAGAAAGCAAGCCUCGAAGCUUCGAGAACAGGUCGCUCGCCAGCAACAGGCUGUUCUGAAGCAGUUUGGGGGUGGCGGUUAUGGAGGUUCAGAUAAUGUGGUUACAGAUGGAGUGGAGCACCAGCUACACCAGAAACUUGAGAAACUUUAUAUAUCGACCCGUGCGGGGAAGCAUUAUCAAAGGGAUAUUGUUCGUGGUGUAGAAGGUUAUAUUGUUACUGGGUCCAAGCAAGUGGAAAUAGGAACAAAGUUAUCAGAAGAUAGCAGGAAAUAUGGUGCAGAAAAUACAUGUACCAGUGGUUAUACACUGAGUAGAGCUGCACUAAGUUUUGCACGAGCACAUGCUCAAACAGAGAAAGAGCGUGGAAACUUGCUAAAAGCUCUUGGUACACAGGUUGCAGAACCCUUAAGGGCAAUGGUGGUGGGGGCUCCAUUGGAGGAUGCCCGGCAUCUGGCUCAACGUUAUGACAGAAUGAGGCAAGAAGCUGAAGGCCAGGCUAUUGAAGUUUCUAAACGGCAGGCAAAAGUAAGAGAAAUGCCACCCAAUGCUGAGAAUUCUAUGAAAUUAGAAGCAGCUGAAGCAAAGCUGCAAGAUCUGAAGACAAACGUGACUAUACUGGGAAAGGAAGCGGCUGCAGCAUUGGCUGCUGUUGAAGCACAGCAACAGAGAUUAACUCUUCAGCGUCUUAUAGCCAUGGUUGAAGCAGAGCGUGCCUAUCAUCAAAUAGUCCUACAAAUACUUGAUCAGCUUGAGGGGGAGAUGAUAUCAGAACAACGACGAAUUGAAACCCCUCCUACUCCUAGUCUGGAUAGCAGCAUGCCACCACCUCCGUCAUAUGAGGAAGUAAAUGGUGUCUAUGCAUCUCAGACACAUAAUGGAUCAACAGAUAGCAUGGGUUACUUCUUAGGAGAGGUUUUAUUUCCAUAUUCUGCUGUAUCCGACGUGGAGCUAAAUCUAUCUGUUGGUGAUUACAUUGUUGUUCGAAAGGUGACAAACAGUGGAUGGGCCGAGGGCGAAUGCAAAGGCAAGGCAGGUUGGUUUCCAUUUAGUUACAUUGAAAGGAGGGAGCGAGUUCUUGCAAGUAAGGUGGCUGAAGUGUUUUAA